AUGCCUACUCAAGAAGAAUUUAAAUUAAAUAGAUUGAUUGCUCGUAGAGAAAAUCUUUUUAGUAGAACCCAACGCUGUUACGAUGUGGCAAGAGACGUUGAAAGAAAUCCUUAUUCCAGUAGCAAAUUAGAAGCCUUUUCUAUUCGUUAUGCUACUUUUUCCAAUGCUGUGCAGGAAUUUCACUCAGUUGUAGAGGAAAUCGUGAUAUUAAAACAAAAACUUAAACAGGAUGAGGCUCCAAAUUAUGACUUGCUAAACACCUUUGACGAUCUUUAUAGUACGAUUAAGUAUUUAGCAGCUAAAUUUUUACCCUCUUCGACUCCAGAUCCCCCAGAAAGUACUGAUUCAGACAGAAGAGUUCGUAUGCCAAAGCUUGAACUUGUAAAAUUUUCGGGCGAUGAUCUAUCAGUUUGGCCUUUAUUCUAUGAAAAUAUUAAAUAUUUGGUUCACCGUAAAAGUGAAUUUGCAAAGACUGAAAAAUUACAGUAUUUAUUGGCAAGUCUUACUGGAAAAGCUUUAGUAACGUGAAGGACAUAUGGAAACCUAGAACCAGUUGACCUAUGUAUAUCACAAAAUACCGACGAAGAUACCGACGACUCUAUAGCUGACAGUGACGUUGAUCCAAAUUUUGAAGAAGAUGACUCAUCUAAUAACGAUUCUCAUUUGAAUUUUGAACCAACUUCAAAAUGCAGACGGGCGACAGUUGGUACAAUAGGCAUUGAUACUCAGAAUAAACGUGGUACAGAGAUUGAGAAUAAACCUGACGAAAAUAAAGACAAUGUCUUGCUGCCUAUUGCUAGUAGGAAUAUGUUUUUUUUUUAUUUUGACAAGGGGGGUAAACAAUUUUAUGAACUUUUAACUGAUGGAGAGCUAUUUGCAUUUAGGCCACCUUCCAGAGAACAACUCGAUUUGCUGGAAUGA